AUGCAAGAAUUCUAUAUUGAGUGUAUUACCUGGGAUUCGACAUUCAAUUUGGAGAGCGAAAUCACUCUUUACGUCCGCCAUAGCGGCGCCGCGUUCCGCAUCUGCUACGAUCCACGCAUCCUCGCCGUCUCGCCUUCUGUCUUGGACCAGCAUCACGAGUCAUACCGAAUCCUACACAAGGAUGAUCCAGAUGGAGGAUUUUGUGAAGUGGCGGAACGUCUCAGAAAGCCGUUUGAGGAACUUAUGACUCAGAUGGCCCCACCAAUGGAGUCAACGCGGCAUCUGCACAGUUAUCUCUACCCGCUGUGGUUCAUUCUCGAGGCAAGGGUAGCUGAGAGCAGCAGCCACGUUCAACCACAUUUCAAGGUGGCCCUCUCGCGACAGGAGUUCAUACGUCCAGGUGAUUAUAUGAACAGCAAGUUCCUUCAAGCGCACCUAUCUCCGCUACUUAACUCGAAACUCAACAAAUACUCGUCUCGUCAAGUGCAAGUUCUGGCUCAAACAUCGCAUCUGGUUCCAUCUAGGGUCCUUGUAGAUGGUACUGUAUACUUCUUCAAACCUUGGGUCUCAGGUCGAGUGCAUGGAUACUGCGAGCUGCAGUCGUACAGGAAGAUACUUGCGGACACUGAGGAAAGCCCGCCGCUUCUUACCGAUGUACGCAUCUGUCGCCUUCGCGGUCUGAUUAUCGACAAUGACGAUGAUGUCCUUCAACACUAUCCUCUCGACAGUGAUGAAGAGGACUACCCAGGGACACGUUUGGUCGGACUGCUUCUCACCUAUAUCGAGAAUAAAGGCACUCUGAACGAUUUGGCGCCUUGGUCCGACUGCACAAAUGAGGAUCGCCUUCGCUGGUCUAGGCAGAUACACCACUCCGUCAAAUGUUUACAUAACGCAGGCGUGGUUUGGGGUGACGCUAAGCCCGAGAAUGUCUUGGUUGAUAUGAAGGGCGAUGCGUGGCUCAUUGAUUUUGGCGGUAGUUAUACCCCGGGCUGGGUUGACGAGGAUAAGCAGGAUACUGUGGAAGGAGACCGGCAGGGUGUACAAAGGAUUGAUGAUUGGCUCGCCAAAUGGUCCCGCCGGCCUGUUACUCGUAUCAAGCGGAGUGAUGAAGAGGGUCGGGAGGGGGCAGUGUGA